GGAAACAUACGUCUGUUGAGCCAAAAUGGCGUCCGUGAUCCUUCAGUCUGGAGUGGGUUAGCAUGAAACCUGUCCGAUUAAACCUAUUAUGACAAGGUUCGGCUCUUAUUAGUCGGAUUAAUCAUUUUUAUCAUUAAGGAGAGUUCGUCUAAACUAGCGGAGACGCGUUUAGAUGCUGUGAGGAGGAGAUGGCGGGCCGUAGAGUCGAGUGUUUGUGGAAACGUCACGUUGUCGAGCAGCUGAAGCAGAGAGACAGAGUUCAGCGUCAGGCCUUUGAGGAGAUCAUACACCGCUAUAACCGGUUGUUGGAGAAGUCUGACCUUCAGGUUGUUUUUUCUGAACGUCUCCAGACCGAGAAAUAUGAGCAGAACAGACACGACCUCAGUCCGGGUGGCGAGGGCGGUCGCAGUGAUUCCCUGCAGCAGGAAAUGGCUCAGAUGAGAAUUAAACAUCAAGAGGAGCUGACGGAGCUGCACAAGAAACGAGGAGAGUUGGCCCAGAACGUGAUUGAACUAAACAACCAGAUUCAGCAGAAAGACAAAGAGAUCCAGAGUAAUGAAGCCAAGAUGUUGGAGUAUCAGCAGCAGAUCUCUCAUCUGGAAGGAGAGUGUCGCGAGCUCCGCAACUCUCUGGCCGAUCUGGAACGAGCCAAUCAGACGCUGCGAGACGAGUACGAUGCCCUGCAGAUCACGUUCAGCGCCCUGGAGGAGAAACUACGGAAAACCACAGAGGACAAUCAGGAGCUGGUGACGCGCUGGAUGGCUGAGAAAGCGCAGGAAGCCAACAAACUCAACGCUGAGAACGAGAAGGACUCCAGGCGCAGGCAGGCGAAGCUUCAGAAGGAAUUGGCGGACGCAGCGAAGGAGCCUCUUCCCAUAGAGCCAGAUGAUGACAUCGAAGUUCUCUCAGAGGAUGCUGGGAAGGGAACGGGUGAAACGUCACCGAACAGACAGAUCAGUCGCACGCCGAGUAGACGAGUGUCUCAGCCGCCUCCUCCUGCUGGACUGCUGGAUUCCAUCACUAAUAUCUUUGGCUUGUCUGAUUCUGUCCAACCUGGUUUCGUCCCAUCUGACUCCAGAAGACGUCGCUCGGUGAAUUCGUUCGGCUCGUCUCCUGAAACCGCAGAGGUGCCGUCGGCGAGCGCUGAUGUCCGAGUUCCCUCCACUGCGCUGCACAUCUUUGAUGCCCAUGAUGGAGAAGUGAACGCUGUGCGGUUCAGUCCCGGUUCCCGUCUGCUUGCCACGGGAGGAAUGGACCGCAGGGUGAAGCUCUGGGAGGUCGUUUCUGGCCGAUGUGAGCCUAAAGGUGCGCUGACGGGCAGUAAUGCUGGAAUCACCAGUAUAGAGUUUGAUAGUGCGGGCUCGUAUCUAUUAGCUGCGUCUAAUGAUUUUGCCAGCAGAAUCUGGACGGUUGACGACUACAGACUGCGGCACACACUCACAGGGCACAGCGGGAAGGUUUUAUCCGCUCGGUUUCUCCUCGAUAACACUCGAAUCGUCUCCGGCAGCUACGAUCGAACGCUCAAGCUCUGGGACUUGCGCAGCAAAGUCUGCAUUAAGACGGUUUUUGCUGGUUCUAGCUGUAAUGACAUUGUCUGUACGGAGCAGUGUGUGAUGAGCGGACACUUCGAUAAGAAAGUUCGUUUCUGGGACAUCAGGUCGGAGAGUAUUGUGCAUGAGCUGGAGUUGCUGGGACGCGUUACAUCUUUGGACCUCAAUCACGACCGGACCGACCUGCUGACCUGCUCUCGUGAUGACCUGGUGAAAAUAAUCGACCUGCGCAGUAAUGCAGUGCGACAGACGUUUAAUGCUCAAGGUUUCAAGUGUGGUUCAGACUUCACCAGGGUCACGUUCAGUCCUGAUGGAAAUUAUGUGGCGGCCGGUUCUGCAGACGGCGUUCUGUACAUUUGGAACGUUCUAACGGGGAAACUAGACAAAACCCUUGAUAAGGGUCACAGUUCUGCCAUAAAUUCAGUGUCCUGGUCUCCGUCGGGCACGUAUGUGGCCAGCGUUGAGAAAGGCAGCAAGGCCGUGCUUUGGUCUGACAUGUGACCAGCUGCUCUCUUCCUCCGCAGCGAUUGGUUGAGCACCACCCCGCCACGAUUGGAUGAAACAGACUGUAAAGACAGAAGGAAAGUGAGCCCACCCUCACGUCCCACUGGCCUCUUGAACUACCUUUCCCACAAUGCCAUCUGUUUGGCUAUCUGUGUACGUGUGCUGCCUGCCUGUAUGAUCGGACAGCACCGUACACAUUAUACAUAUUUAUAUCAGCUUUCAUGUACUGUCUGUCUCGCACACACUCGAUGUGAGAUGAUGGAGAUUACACAAGUGACUCACUGUUCUACACGACUCGUACUGCUAGUUUUAACAUGGCUUUAAAAUAGUGUGUGUUUGUGUGUCUACUGUCAGAGUUUGUGCUUUGCCUUAUACAGAUAAAGGCCAUUAAGCUGCGUGUGUGUGUGUGUGUAUGUGUGUUGAAUGCAGUUUCAAUUGAGCUCUAUGGAUGGCACUGUUCAAUAUUUUUCCUAGAUUUAUGGAAAUCCCACAUCUCCCCAUGAAUAAAACGCAUGUAUUGAACAGGAACCCAAUAUUAUUUUGGAUGAAUCUCACACAUUAAUGUCUUUAUUCUAAUGACAUUUUUGUGAUAUUUAAACGCAUUGAACCCUCAUUUUCUAAUUGCAUUGCAAAAUGUCAUUUGUCGUGAAUGAAAAAUUAAUUCUCAUACUGUUAUACAGUAACAAUCAUCCUAUCCAUAAAUUGUUUUAUGAAUGAAUGAUUCAUUCAUUCAUUUUAUUGCAGUCUGCAUAAAUUAAAGACAGUACAACUGCCAUUUAUUUAGUUAUAACAAACUUUUUUUUAACUUUUAUUUAUUAUAAUUUAUUUGAUAUUUCUCUCCACAAAGUAACUUUACACCACACCAAAAUUUUUGGAUUGCAGUAAUGAAAAUUUAGUGGGAAAAUGUGAUUUAAAAUAAAAAUAAUAAUGUCUAAAAUAAGUUAAAAUUUCUAAAUAUUAAAAUAUAUGCAAAAUGUAAAUUCUUUUGGAUUGCUAAACAAAAACAAUGUACAUAAAAUAUUAAAAAUCUGAAACAAACAUGAAAAUUGUUACUUUAACAUUUUUUUCUAAAAACAGGCAUAAAUUUCUUUAUGCAAAAUGUAAUUUCUUUUGGGGUGAAGUAUCAUUUAAACAUUUUGUGAGAUUUACCCAUAAACUCCUGACCGUGUUGGUGUUUUUAUUAAUGCUCUGAUUAAAAAAAAAAAAAAAGAUUUGUGCCAUGAAUGAGAGAUUUAAAAAUAUUUCCCACGAUUCCUCCUAUAAUUUUCACAUUUAUUUUAAUCCGCUGAUUAAUAGGUAUCAUUUCUGUAGAGAAAAUGAUUUAUAAACCAUAGUUCGGCUAGACGCCAUACUUAAUUUCACACAAAUGAAAACGAGACUGUCACUUAUUUCGGCCAAUCACAGUGUGCUCUGUCCUAAGCCCCUCCCGUCGGGCCCCAGAUGAGCGUGUGCAUGUGGUGAGCGGGUGAUGCUGAAUGAAUGCAGUGAGAUGAGUGUGCGUUUUAGUGGAGAAAGCGAUGCUCUGUUCUUUAUUUUUAUUUUCAUUUCAUAUGCACUCGCGCUCAUAUCCUGACAGUGUUUCCUCCGAGCAUGACGUCUGUUUCAAAUACUGUAUCAAACUCUACGCAGACACUCUCUUUGAGCUGUUUUGCAAAGGAAAACAAGUGCACUUGUGAUUCGCCCGAUGCCAGCAGCAGAUGUGGUGACACUCGCACUUAAAAAAAAAAAAAAAAGACUGUAAUGCAUACUCGACCGAACACUAGAAUUGAUGUAUCCGGCUCAGUUUAAAACACUCGCGUCCCCUCGCACUUAACGCUGCGGUCUGUCGAGGUGCCUAACAAGUGCACUUGGUUUCAGAUGGUGAGUGGAGGGGACUGCACACUUUAUAGAUGACUUGUGGGUGUGGCUUGUUUAGCCCCGCCCUCUCUGAUGCAUUUAUGGGUGGGGCUGAGAGUGGGCCGGCUUAAACAGACUGUGGAAGAUAAUUGUUGCUAAUGUAUAUGAGGUCUCUGUAUAUGUCUGCUUAAUGUUUGCACACCAUAAAAUGUGUGGGACGUUA